AUGAUGGUUCUGGAGUCAAGCUCGUCCUCGUGGACGCGAAUCCUCCUUGGAUCGUCGUCUGAAACGGAAACGGGGGGCUCCUCGGUGAAUCAACCGGAAGCUAGGCAUCCUGCUAAUGCGGGCGCCGGGGGGCAGGAAGCUGGUCCAUCGCUCCCUGUGGUCCCCUAUCCCAAUCAACCUGAUGAGGUAAUAGGUGGGGAUUCUGUAAAUGCCAUCAAACGGCGGCUUUUAGAGAAAAUACCUUGGCCUUCGGCCCAUGAGAUAGAGAUGGCCCGGCUCAAAGCCUCACUCCUCUCGCUUUGCUGA